AACCAUCGAAGAAUGGAAAGCUAUAUCUGAGGAGUUUUUGCAUAAGUGGAAUUUUCCCAAUUGCAUAGGAGCUUUAGACGGAAAGCACGUGGUUAUGAAAGCACCAGCACAUUCAGGAAGUAUUUAUUACAAUUAUAAAGGCACACAUAGCAUAGUCCUAAUGGGGAUUUCGGAUGCAUCUUAUAAAUUCCUGUAUAUUGAUGUUGGAUCAAAUGGUCGGAUAUCAGAUGGUGGCGUUUUUCGCAAAAGUUCCUUCAAUGAAGCUAUGACCAAUAAUAAACUUAAUUUGCCACCUUCUGAACCACUUCCAUCUAGAAAUAUUCCGGUACCAUAUGUGCUUGUUGCUGAUGAUGCAUUCGCUAUCUCACCACACUUGUUAAAACCCUAUAGCUUGCGAACAUUAACGGCAACACAAAGAAUUUAUAAUUAUAGAUUGUCAAGAGCGAGAAGGGUUAUAGAAAAUGCUUUCGGAAUUCUAUCUGCUCGUUUUAGAAUAUUACGAAGCGCAAUAAUGCUUGAACCCACGAAAGUACGCACAAUAACUUGUGCUUGCUGUGCUCUGCACAAUUUUUUGAUGACCCAAAAAAAAAACCGUAUAUUUCAAUCCGAAAUUGGUUGACCACUAUUCCGAGGAUGGCACUCUAAUCCCUGGUGAAUGGCGGAAUGACAUCGACCAAAAUUUACCAAACCUCCGACCACACCGCUCAUAUGUUAAUCAAGAAACCUCAGUAAUUCGAGAAGAAUUCUCCCAAUAUUUUAUUGAAGAGGGAGAAGUUCCGUUUCAAUAUAAACAUAUAUAAAAAUUCUACAGAAAGACUGUUGGUUUUUUAUAUAGCUAAUUCAGUUAUUAAUAUUACCACGAUAAUAAAGAAA